AUGCCCCCUCAGACAGGAUCAGACGGCCAGAACCCUGGUGGUUCUGGUUCUACGAACGGGCCUAUUGUCUCUGAUGUUCUCCCAAAAACUCAAGGCAUCAACAUAUUUUCAUCUUUAACGCGCGAUUUUGAACCGAUUUCAAGUCGCCUGAACGAUGCUUCGAGGAAUGUUACAGUUCUUGCGCCAAGAAAUAGUGCAAUCCAAGCCUUGCCGCGCAAGCCUUGGGAAAACCCUGAAGACUACGGGAAAUUCGGCGAAGUGGAGGCAUAUCAGGGUGAAGAAGGACAAGAUAGAGCCAGGAAGAACCUUCAGAGAUUUGUCGAGGCGCACCUUGUUCCUGUCAGUCCUUGGAAGGAGGGCGAAGAGGCAGAGUCUCUGGUUGGGGGGAAGCUGAGAUGGACACGAGAAGGCAACAAAGUUUUCAUUGAACCUGGACAUAUCGAAGUCGAGACGAUUGCAGAACAAGUGUAUAAUGGCGAGGUCUGGGUUCUGAAUGGAGUAAUCAACUAUGCAUAG